UGCAUUGUGUUCUGAAUCCCGGUUGGCUAAAGGACUGUAGACGAAUGUGAAUAGUCUCCGCGCCUCAUCGCUGAGAAGAGCACAAUGGACUCAGUGAAAAUCCUUACUAUCCUGGGAAGGACAAUCAAACUCCACACCGGAUUUGAACCUCCCACCUCAAAACUAUGAGUGUGAUGUGGGGAGGGGGCACAGGAAGGCAAGGCUCUGUUGUCAUAUAUGUCAGUCUCGCCGGGGCUGGCCCCUCCCACAUCAGCAGAGGCAUUACAUACUGCUGGUGCUUGUGCUCUUAGCAACGGUGCCUCAGCAACAGAGCCCAGGCAACAGAGCUCCACGGCAACAGAGUGCCGUGUCUCCCCAAUGGAGCUGCCAUUGGGCGGACCAGCGCUCAGGCACUACACCCAGAGCCGACCGAGACCUCACCGACAAAAACUCAACUAUCGUCCCAGCAGACCACAGGAGACUAUAAUUGAGAGUGAAAAUGAAGUCCUUGAGCUCAUCGGGCGUGUAGACGAAGGAGUGGAGGAGUUCUUUACAAAGAGAGUUCUUCCUGCUGAUACAGAGCAAAAGCAAAAUGAGGAACCAGAGUCCAUCACAGUGGACGAAGUGGUUCCUGCCACUUCUGUCCCUUGUCCACCCCAGACGAAAACACUCAGGAGGAAGCUUGGGGAUUUCUUUACCCUCCGAAAGAGACGGGGUCUGAAAUCAGAAACAGGCCAGGAGGGUCGACCCAAAAAAGCCUCCAUCGCUGACCUCAUUCGCCCUCUGAGGGAGGCGGCCAAGUCUGAUAAAGAAAAAGAUAAGGACAGAGUAAGGGAGCAGGACAAGGAGAAUGUAAAAGAGAAAGGGAAAGAGCAGCCCAGUGGUGUUACUGGAGAGUCAAUUACACAGGAAACACCUGCCUCUGAUGUUCCGCCACUGAGGGGUGAAGUGGCGCCACCCCGCCGUGCUCUCAGGGAAGGAAAAUCCCAGUCUCUUAUUUUACUGUCCGGAUCAGCAGCAGGGGCUGCCAAUGCCAGAAAGAAACAAUUUGAAGGCCAACAUAGCUUCGAACAGAAACUUCAUCUUAUGCUUCAGCGUAUUGGGGUUUCUAAAGCACAGCCGGAAGAGACGCAGAAUCCAGAGAGAGAGAUGAAAAAGGCAGAAUCUGAAGGCACCAUUAUUGACAGUAAAGUUGAGCCAACCCCAGCUUUCACAAAACACAGAACUAUGUCAGCCUCCUCGGAUACAAGGCGUCAUAUUCGACCAAGCGUGUCAGCACACGAGUCCGCUGGAAAACCCGCAUUGCCUCCAAAGCCCAUCCUCAAGCCUGGUCUGGGCCCUGCAACAUCUGGCCGCAACACGCCUGAGAAUGAGUUGGUUCAAAUAGAGGAGGGGAAAACAAGCACACCCACUAAAGAAAAAAGUCCAACGGCAACUCCAUCUGGCCCCGCUACUCCUGCUGUAGUGUCAAAUGACACCCCUGACUUGGCUGACAUGACUAUUUCCUCUUCUCCUACUGCAACUUCCGAGUCAGAUGUGCUUGCUGUUAACACCGCUGCAACAAUCGCAAAUGGUACAGAUAUAGAUGGCAAGCCUUCUGACCCUGAAGUUCAGCUUAUUAGCACAGAACAAUGCAUCUCUGUCUCCCCGACAGCUUUUACCGAACCCCCCGCCCUUGUCCCACAAACAUCUUCUGAGUCUGUUACGCCCAGAUCCUCUGCCACUCCAGACACGACAACAGUAACCUCCAUUACCAUCUUGGAAACUGUUUCUAGUCAUCUCAGUGAAAGCGAAACAAAUACAUCAGUUAAACCGACAAGUCCAGUGUCAAAUGGUAUUGUUUCAUGUGGUGAAGUGACCGUUUCUGUCAUUUCCACCGUAGAAGUGUCUACUCCAGCAUUAAUCCAACCUGCAGAUACCAAAUCAGAUUUGGCUACCAGUUUGCUUAAUAUAGCGAGUGACGAUUUCACUGCAAGUGCUUCAAUAGGCACUAAAAGGACAUCUGUGGCCCCGAGCCCAACUCCUCCUAAAUCUGAUACCCCCAUUAUCAGCUCCUCCACCCUUCCUCCUGCCAGCAACACCUCCAUUACCACCACAACAUCUACCGACUGCACAGACUCUUCUCCCUCCAUUGUUCCGUCAACCUCAUUCAGUGAAACCAACUCCAUCGUCUCCACCACCACCAAUAAUGCUGCUCCAACGACUGCAGAUGCAAUUAGCUGCCCACUCACGACUGACCCACUUUCCUCAAAGAAAACCAGCUCUACACUCAUACCAGUUAUCACCUGCCUCCCUGCUUCUGAAGACUCCAGUAUUACCGGGCAUACUUUGACCAGUCCAGCACUUGCCCAUGAUAGCCCAAGGCAAGAUUUACCAACCAAUCUUGACGAAAGAUCGAGUUCUACUGUAAAAGGUGCAGAUGUGGAGCUCGAGGUGGUUCAAAAGAGCAAACAAGCUGAGGAAACGGAAAGCAAGAAAGUCAUGGCUGGCGGCAAAGAGAGUGACCAUUGUGAGGAGAAAUCAGCUCAAGGCAACAAUGGAGCAACAAUGAAAGAAGCCCAAGAAGCAAAUGUGAAAGUUGAAGGCGUUACGGUGGCAACAAUAGAAGGAGAGGCUAAACCUGCACCGGAGAAUGAGCCCCCAAACCAAGAAGAAACAAAGAAAUAGAAAAUAUAUAUAAUGGUACAUUAUUGCUGAAUUUGGGACCAAAUACUGUGACACAGGCAGGUUAGGUCACAGUAAAUAAAUGGUUAAAUGGUCCAUGGCACUUCCUAUAGGACCACCACACUACAGCAGCACACAACACACCCAGUUGGGCCACUGGACCAAAGAACUGAGAUCCAUGGUGUGAUGUUAUCGACAAUUCCAGCAGUGUCUUUUGUCCUUUUUUUAACUUGUGUUUGAAUUUCACAUUGCACGUGUGAUUAUGUACCAUAAGAAAAGUACUGUGUUUUGAAGACACCAUGUUUACAAUAGAUGGAUAAGAGCAAAUAGAUAUGACUAUUAAAUGGAAUACUGAAUUGA